CAAAGGUUUUUAUAGCCAGGGAUGAAGGCCUCACCAGAUUAAGCCCAAAGAUCUUGCCUGCAGCUGGUGCCCUGGUGGCUCAGCCCCAUCCAAGUUCCAGCCUCACCAGGUCCCGGCCCCUCUGCAGUCCCAGCUCCGAUGCCGGCCCACCAUCCCACAGGCAUGCAGGGAGCCCACGUGCUGCUGCUGCUGCUGCUGCUGGGCCUCAGGAUACAGCUCUCUAUUGGAUUCAUCCCAGCUGAGGAGGAAGACCCAGCCUUCUGGAACCACCAGGCAGCCCAGGCUCUGGACACCGCCAAGAAGCUGCAGCCCAUCCAAACAGCCGCCAAGAACCUCAUUCUCUUCCUGGGGGACGGAAUGGGGGUGUCCACGGUGACAGCAACUCGGAUCCUAAAGGGGCAGAUGAAUGGCAAGCUGGGACCUGAGACCUCCCUGGCCAUGGACAAAUUCCCAUUCCUGGCUCUGGCCAAGACAUACAACGUGGACAGACAAGUGCCAGACAGUGCAGGCACGGCCACAGCCUACCUGUGUGGUGUCAAGACCAACUUCCUGAUCAUUGGUGUGAGUGCAGCAGCCCGGUACAACCAGUGCAACACAACACAUGGCAACGAGGUCAUCUCCGUGAUGAACCGGGCCAAGAAAGGAAGUCAGUGGGGGGUGGUGACCUCAACGAGGGUGCAGCAUGCCUCGCCAGCUGGCACCUACGCGCACACGGUGAACCGCAACUGGUACUCGGAUGCAGACAUGCCUGCCCAGGCGCUGAAGGACGGCUGUCGGGACAUCGCCACGCAGCUCAUCACCAACAUGGACAUUGAUGUGGGUCAUGAGGGCAAUGGGGACCUGAGCAGAGGGGGAAGCAAGAGCAUGGUGGCGCAUGUCAUGGCCUUCGCCGCCUGCCUGGAGCCCUACACCGCCUGCGGCCUGACACCGCCUGCUGAGCACGUGGAGCCCUCGACAGGCCCCCUCAGCAGGCCCUUCACUGGUUUUGCUGACUGGGGCGCUGCUGCUGCUGCUGCUACUGGGGACCAUUAA